GCUGAUUACGUAUCUUGGGAUCGGUCGGAACGGGUGAGGCCGUACUCUAAUGCGAAUGUUCAAAGGUAGCGUCCUGAAAGCUCCAGCAAGGGAUGAACACAUGUUUGGCCCUAGUUCUCAUCUCCCUAGCCAAACAUAUUAUGGCUUUUUACCACCCAUUAAAUGAGUUGAUAUGAAGCUCCUCCUCAAAGAAUCAUCGAGUUUUGGUCUCUAUUAUCCGUAGCAUUUCUGCAAUUCUUCUUAGUCUUUUCUCAUUACAUCAUCAAAAUGUCCUCAGAAACCUACGACGUCGUCAUUGUCGGUGGAGGUACUUCGGGUCUUGUUCUGGCCAACCGCCUCUCGGAGAACCCAAAGUUGCAGGUCAUCGUUCUGGAAACCGGUGAAGAUCGUAGCAAGGACCCGAAUACCUUGACGCCGGGCGCUUGGCCGAUGCUGUCGAAUUCGUCCGCUGACUGGACUUUUCAUACUGCUCCCCAGAAAGAUCUUACAAGGCAGAUUACGAUCCCGCAAGGGAAAGCUCUAGGAGGUUCUAGUGCAAUUAACAGCUUCCUUUUUACCCCUACUUCUCGGGCGACCGUGAAAGCAUGGAAUAAUCUGGGCAACGAGGGCUGGGACUAUGCCGCAUUUGAGGCAGCGAUGAAAAAGUCGUUUACUCUACACAAGCCUUCAAAUGUUACCGAAGGCAAUGGCCCACUCCAACUUUCACUAGCUGCACCUGAAAGUCUCUGGGAGAAAGCCUGGAUUGAAGGCCUUGGAUCCGUGGGAUUACCCGAAAGUGAUCCCCUCUCCGGUAACCUUGGCGGUCCAAUUAUCGCCCCGGAGAGUAUCGAUCCCAAGACGAAGCAGAGGAGCUAUGCUACCAAUGCGUAUCUUGAUCCAAUUCGAAGCAGAUCAAAUCUGAUGAUUCGAACCGAGACGACCGUGACAAAGGUGUUGCUCGAAAAAUCUUCAUCGGGAGGCGAUGCUGUCGCCAAAGGCGUUCAAACAAUUUCCAAAGAUGGAGUUUCUCACAUUAUUGGUGCUCGUAAAGAGGUUAUCAUCUCUGGUGGAUCCAUCAAUUCGCCCCGAAUCCUCGAGCUCUCGGGAAUAGGCCGGGCUGAUUUGCUUCAGAGCUUGGGAAUCGACGUCGUAGUUGACAACCCACACGUUGGCGAGAACCUUCAAAACCACAUCUUCUCAGGACUAGGUUUUGAAGUACGCGACGAUGUGGACACGAUUGACGCUUUCUUUCGCCAGGAACCUGAGGCCGUUGCACUUGCGAUGCAGGACUACGGUACAAAGGGGACGGGUCCUCUGAGCACCAGCAACAUGAUCACGAUGGCCCAACUUCCGCUACCCGAUUUACACACCGAAAACGGAAGCAAAGACCUCGACAAAUUGCUAGGCCUCCUAGAUCCCGCCUUAGACGUAUCCCUCUCCCCUCAAACCACCCCGGCCUUCGCAACCGCACACCAAGCUUUCAUCCGCUCCAUUCUCACGAACCCGUUGGAACCAGUAGGCAACUACGUCUUCGGCCCAGCCUAUGCCCCCUUCGAAGCCCCAAGCCCAACCUACCGUGCCCCAGGAAAACACGUAUCCAUCGCAAUCGAGCUUUCCCACCCGCUCUCCCGAGGCUCAGUGCACAUCACCAGCUCCGCCCCCUCUCAUGCCAGUACAAAUGAGGGUCUAACCAUCGAUCCGCGAUACUUCUCGCACCCCCUCGAUCUCGAAGUCCUCGCGCGCCAAGUGCAGUUCACUGAGGACCUAAUCACCCGCGCGGCGCCGCUAACGCAGUACCUCAAGCCUUACACCAAGCGCUUCGAUGAUCUCGAGGUCGCCAAGGAGUAUGUCCUUCGCACCGCCGAUGCAGCGUACCAUUACACCGGCACGUGCUCGAUGAUGCCGCGGGAGAUUGGGGGUGUGGUGGAUUCAAGGUUGAGAGUUUACGGUGUUGCUAAUUUGAGGGUUUGCGAUGCUAGUGUAGUUCCCUUGGAGCCGACGGCGAAUCCGCAGGCGGUGGUUUAUGCGGUUGCGGAGAUGGGGGCGGGGUUUGUUAGGGAGGAUGUGCUGUAA